AUGAGUGAGAGUUCAGAUACCGCUGCCCUCCAGUACCUCUUCAAAAACUGCUCGAAAGAGGAACUAUUUUGGAUAUUUACUAUAAUGAUCAAGCAUGUUGAGUCCACCAUUGGCGUGGCAACUAAUAUCAUCUUAUCAUGGUUGGGGCCAGAAGCUGUGAAGCGCUGGAACGCGGCUCGCGACUUGUCGGAAGUCACUGCCGCGACCAGCGACAAUGACGUGCUUGGUGCUAAUUUUCGGCCUAUGUUGCUGGCGCGGUUGCCGAAAGAAGGUUGGUGGGAAGUGAUCAGGGAAAACUGCGGCGAUGAAUUUUUUGUGGAGACAAAAUAUGAUGGAGAGCACGUACUACUACACAAAAUCGCUCGCGAUCAGUAUAAAUGGUACACAAGGAAUGGAAAAGAUUUUACAAAGGAUUAUGGAGGAUCCUCAUCCCUUACCGAUCUUGUCUCUGGCCGAAUACAUCCGUUUUUUCGCUCGACUGUCAUCGAUUGCGUUCUUGAUUGCGAACUUAUGUUGUGGGACAAGAAGCUGAAGAAGCUAUGCCGUCGCCAGUUCAAAUCCCAAAAUUCUGAAUAUCGGAGCCAUUCUUUCCGCUACAUCGAUCCUAUAGAUCAUGUACAACUUGCAGUGGUUGUCUUCGAUUUACUGUACUUGAAUGGAAAAUCUAUAAUGAAUGCUCCACUGCAUCAACGUAUUCGUGCUCUGGAAGCUGCUGUGUUAAAGGAUAAUACUCAUAUUGACACUAUAGCUAUAGCGCCGAGAAAAACCGUUACCACUAAGGAAGAGUUGGAGGAAUUGUUCUCAAAGGCGCUAGGUGCUGGUGAAGAGGGCAUCGUUGUGAAGCGAAAGGAUGUGGUUUAUCAACCGGGCACCAGGAUGACCAAGAAUGGCUGGUUCAAGCUGAAAGCUUAUCUUGGCGACAACGAAUUGGAUGUGGCUGUAGUUGCUAUCGACAAAGGAAAGGAUGAUAUAAUUGCCUACCAGCUGGCUGUUCGAGAUGGAGACCACUAUCAAACCAUCAGUUUGUGCUCAUCAGGACUUAGUCGAAUUGAUAGGGAUUACAUUUAUGACUUGUCGACGCGAGCCGAGGGACCACUUUUAAAGAAAGCCCCGCCAGAAUUACGAGGAUGGAAAAUAUCCGAUCCUAAAGGAGGAUAUAUCAGGAGGGAGCAUUGGAUAGCAAGUUUUUCUCAUGAAAUGUUGGUUCUCAAGAUCUGUCAGGGUGAU